AUGAAGGACGGGAAGUUCACCGAGGAGCAGGCUCGGGUGGCGUCGAACAUCAUCGCAGACUCUAUCAAUGAUGGCAUUGAGUUGUAUGCGUCAAAUUUGAUCAGCAGGGAGAUCUUGAACAAGAUGUCGUACAAACAGAAGGUUGAUUUUGCAAAGUUGAAGGGCGAGUUACAGAUGAUCGACAGGAGUGACUUCAACUCGAUCAAGAACGAAAACGAACGGUUGCGGAGUGAGUUGGAGAAGAUGCGGAUAAAGUUCAAGGAGGAGAUCAACAAGAGCUUGAGCAGUGUCAGGUUGGACCUCAGCUUGGAGAAGGGGCGUAUCAGAGAGGAGAGCAGCAUCUACGACUUGAAGAUCAAGGAGACGGACACGCGGAUCAACCAGGAGAUCUACAACUUGAAGGUGCAGAUCGACAGCGUGAAGACGACGGUCUUGCAGUGGUUGUUCGGUGUGUGCGCCGGUACGUUUUCGUUGGUGUUGGCGUACGCCCGGUUGGUGAGCUGA